GUGUGGGCAAGUCCUAAUUUCCUCGCGUUGCUGCGUGCUCCAUCGGCGGGGUCGUCAUGCCCAAGGCGAAGCGGCCGAGAGGCUCCGGUGGGGCAACGGCGACCAGCGUCCCCUUGGCCGAGCAGAUUGCUCAGAGCGAUGCCGUGAAGCCCGUCACGAGGAUCAAGCGACGUGGCCAGGCGGGGAAGCAUGAUGGUGGGGGAGAAGAGGAGGGCGAGUAUGUGGACGAGAAGCUCUCCCGGCGGAUCUUGCAGCAGGCUCGCAUCCAGCAAGAAGAGCUGGAGGCCGAGCACGGCGUUGGCCGGAGCCACGAGCCCAGGAAGAAGACGACAGUCCUGGGACCUACCUCAAAGGAUGGAGACUCAGAUGCAGAGGAUGAUGAGUGGCCAGAGCUGGGGGCAGCUGGAGCCAUGGAGAAGGAAGAGUAUUGUGAAGAAAUGACUGUAAAUUCAGAUGACGAAAAAGCCAUUGAAAUGUUCAUGAGCAAGAACCCACCAGUGAGGCGCACCUUAGCAGAUAUCAUCAUGGAGAAGCUAACAGAAAAACAGACGGAGGUAGAGACGGUGAUGUCAGAAAUAUCUGGCCGACCCAUGCCAAAGCUUAACCUCCGUGUCCUAGAAGUCUACAAAGGUGUCAAAGAAGUAUUGUCAAAAUACAGAAGUGGAAAGCUGCCGAAAGCCUUCAAGAUAAUCCCAGCAUUAUCCAAUUGGGAGCAGAUGCUUUAUAUCACAGAGCCAGAAACAUGGACAGCAGCUGCCAUGUACCAAGCCACAAGAAUUUUUUCUUCUAAUCUUAAAGAGAGGAUGGCCCAGAGAUUCUACAAUCUCGUGCUUCUCCCACGAAUCCGAGAUGAUAUUGCUGAAUACAAACGCCUCAAUUUCCAUCUUUAUAUGGCUCUGAAGAAGGCUUUGUUCAAACCCGGAGCAUGGUUCAAAGGAAUUCUCAUCCCUUUGUGUGAGUCUGGAACAUGCACAUUGCGAGAAGCAAUCAUUGUGGGCAGCAUCCUCACCAAGUGCUCUAUUCCAGUCCUUCAUUCGGGGGCUGCUAUGCUAAAGAUUGCUGAGAUGGAAUACAGUGGUGCCAACAGCAUUUUUCUCCGUCUGCUGAUUGACAAGAAAUAUGCCUUGCCUUUCCGUGUUGUAGAUGCUCUAGUUUUUCACUUUCUAGCCUUUCAGAAAGACCAACGAACCCUACCAGUCCUUUGGCAUCAGUGCUUCUUGACGUUUGCCCAGCGCUACAAAGAGGACUUGUCCUCCGAGCAGAAAGAAGCUCUCUUGGAGUUGUUGAAGUUUCACAACCAUUCCCAGAUUUCUCCAGAAAUCCGCAGGGAACUGGUGAACUCCAAAUGUCGGGACAUUGAGAGGAUUCCACCAGUUGCAAUGGAGUAAACAAAUAAGGACUCUGUCUAUGGCUCACUUCAAUUGUUGUGAUUUGUUUAUGAUCGGACUUGUAAGUUAAAGAAUAAAAUGAUCCUACAACAUUGGAGCUUAGCAAGCCCCUUUGCAGGAAUUAAGGCUUUUGUAGAUUUUUUUUAAUCAAUGCUGUGCUUGGGACAAAAUAAGAGUAUUCCUGCAGAU